AGCACGAUAGCAACACACAACGCACUGACUGAGCACUGAGCUCUGCCCUGGGGGUGCUUCGCCUCGAAUCGCCUGCUGGUGCUUCUAGGGAGGUUCACAGGCUGGGUGUGGCAUUCAAGGUGUGUCUUUCUUUUUAUUGACUCACCGUCGGUAGCGGCUUAUACUCAGUGUAAAGUCCGCCUGUCUUGACAAGUGACAGCACCAGUCUAAGAAGAGACGAGUAUCUUCAGUUUGAGCUUUUUUUUGACCCGUCUGUCACUCACUCACUGGACAUUAAACUCUCGGUGGAGUCCAGCUUCCUAGUGCGGAACACUUUAAAAGCCGCCAGAGGUCUUCAAACAUGGCGAAUGUUUUAAUUUGCAACAUAUUCCUGCUGCUGAUCCUGUCCGUUGUGGAGUCGUGUUACCUCCCCAGCUCUCAGUACGUGUACGCGCCACGAACAAUACUGUCUGGACAGUAUGUCACAACAGUGGAAGUUGGAGACUGCGACACCAAAUCAAUCCACUUCACUGUAUACGAUCCAAGAUUUACAAUAUACAGUAAUGGGUCAGUCGAAGCUGCUGCUACAGUGCCAGUAGCAUGGGAGACAUUUUUUGUGUAUGUUGAAGACAACGUUGGCCAGCAAAGAGAGAUUGCAGUGCACCUCCACAAUACAAGGAAGGGGAAAGGGGACAGGCACACAGACCAAUCCUUCCUGAAGCGCUCAAAGAGGCGGUGGAGUCCCCCUCCCUUCAACAUACUAGAGAAUGAUGAGGGACCUUAUCCUAAAGAUAUUGAAAAGAUUGUGUCAGACACAGCAUCUGAUCAGGAAGUGUACUACACCUUCAGUGGACCAGGUGUGGAUAGGCCUCCAAUAGGAGUGUUCAGCCUAAGUAAGGAGUCAGGGAUGUUGUCUGUGCACAGAGCAGUGGAUCGUGAGACGUACCCAAAGUUUGUUGUAAUGACCAGGGUUUUUAACAGAUUCACAAAUAUGGAGACCGACUUACCUUUGGACAUUGAAAUAAGGAUUGAUGAUGUGAACGACAAUGCUCCAACAUUCAAAGAUGCUCUGCAGUUCACUGUGCCUGAGAAAAGUGAAAUAGGUGAAAUUGUGGGGUUGGUAAACGCUACAGACAGAGAUGAAGCGGGAAGCCUCCAUGUAAAGAUCAAGUACUCUCUAUUGAGUGGGUUGGACCUUUUUGCCAUCAACCCAGUGACAGGAAUCAUCACCACAAAAACCAACACACUGGACAGAGAGGUAAAGGACAAGCACAUGGUGCUGGUACAAAUCAAGGAUAUGAAUGGUGCAGUUAAUGGUCUGUCAAACACAGGAACAGCAACCAUUACUCUGACAGAUAUUAACGACAACCCCCCGACUUUUUCUAAACCAACUUAUGAGGCGAGUGUGCAAGAAAAUGAAAGUGAAAAACUUAUCCUCCGGAUUCCUGUUGAGGAUAAGGAUUUGAAAAACACACCAAACUGGGUUGCAAAGUUUCUUCUCACCAAAGGAAACGAGAAAGGAAACUUCCGAAUAGACACUGACCCCAAAACAAAUGAAGGUCUUUUGUAUGUCGCAAAGCCCUUGGAUUUUGAAAAAAACCCUAAAGUAAAUCUUGAGGUUUUGGCACGCAAUGUACCUGAUUUGAAAGGCACAAGCGCUACGUGGAAGUCCGUCCCAGUGAAUGUUGCGGUCAGCAAUGUUGAUGAAGGUCCAGAAUUCACAGCUCCUACAGUCCGCUACACCGUCAAAGAGAACACACCAAACGGCAGUCUAAUAGGAACUUACCAAGCUCUGGAUCCAGAGAGCAAGAGCGCUGAAGGCAUCAAUUAUUACAAGGCCACAGACCCUGCCUCAUGGAUUAACAUCAACAGAGACAAUGGAGAGAUUAGGGUUGCAAACACUAUUGACAGAGAGUCACAUUUUGUCAAGGAUGGAAUCUACACUACCACAGUGAGAGCUGUUGAUGCUACUUCCAAGACAGGUACAGGAACAGUGAUCAUUGUGGUGGAGGAUGAAAAUGACAACAAGCCAAUGAUCCCCCCUAAAGAGCUGGUGUUGUGUGAGAAGGAAGGAGAGCUGGGUUCUGUGCUAGUUACAGCUGAGGACAACGACCAGGCCCCCUUCUCUUCGCCCUUCAGCUUCAGUUUGCCUCAUGAUCAUGACGGCAAAUGGUCUUUGACAAGAUAUAAUGGCACAGCAGCUACGUUGAAGCACCUUAAAGAGCUUCCUACAGGGAUACACCAUGUUACCGUGGAGGUUAAAGAUCUGCAGGGCUUUGGUGAAGAACAGACGGCCAAAGUAAGGAUCUGCCAGUGCAAGAACGGAGUCUGCUUGGCCAAGGCAAGCAGCGUGUCAUUAGGGCCAAUGGGUAUACUGGCUCUGCUGUUGCCCCUGGCCCUCCUCCUCCUGCUCGGCCUACUACUCGCCUUUUUCUGUGCGACUAAGAGAGAGAAAAUGGAGCUUGAAGAUGUUGGAGACAGCGGAGGAAUCCUGCUCAAAUCAAACACUGAAGCCCCAGGAGAGGAAGUGGAUGCAAGUCUCAUCACUGUUCCCACCAUUAUUAACGACACAAUGGUGAAGGGCUCGGUUAAGGAUGUGAAUGCAGGAUGGCCGGGGACCAAGAGCAUGAGCACCAUGGGAGGCAUGGGUGCACAGGAUACUGGACUGUACACAACUGGUGGCACAACAACUGAGUACUAUACUGGCCAGUUUGGUGGCCGUUAUGGCUCAGGGUACAAUGGAGGUCAGCUGCUUGGUAGUGGUAUGGAGUUUGACAGCAGAUACGUUGCCCAGGACUCAUCUUUUCUUCAAACCUGGCAGACAAAUGGCCGCUAUCUACAACAGAAGCUGCCCUACCUUGGAACAGAGGACGACGGACGCUAUGCAGAGGACAUCAUCCACUCCUAUGGGUACGAGGGGGUGGGCUCUAACGCUGGCUCCGUGGGAUGCUGCAGUGAAUUUGGCGACACUGAGAACCUCGAAUUCCUAAACACACUGGGACCAAAGUUCAAAAGUCUGGCAGAAGUCUGCAAGAAGACAUGAACAGUACAGCUCAGAAUGAAUGGUGUUGAAUUUUCACAGUAUGUAGAGAGGCCUAGGAAGUGAAUGUUUGGUCCGCCCCUGAACAAGAAUGAGAGAAAGAAUCAGCAGGUGGCAUCAAUGUGUGCACACUGCUCCGCUAUUGCUUAUUGUUGUAAGUUAAUUUUUUUUGGCUGUUUUUUGGUUAAGUCUUUUGCACUGAAAACUAUGCAUAUGCAGUAAGUUGUACAUACUUUGUGUUGUGUGUUAUGUGUUGUUCGCUUUUAGAGGUUUGUUUUUUCAUUCAUCAAUCAGCUGUACCUGCUUGUCCUUUCAGUGGGUGGCAGAAGCUGGUUUUACUGGUUGAGUGUGGCAGUUGUUGUCAUAUAAGGGUUUUCUAUCAAUAAAUAACACAUCUGGGUAUUUUAA